AUGGCUCCACAGGCUGGCAAGGCGGACGUCAACGAGGUGAAGGAAUUCUACACCAGCCUGGCCACUGAAAUCUCCAACAACAAGCAGGCGGCGAGGCAGCUCAACGUGAUGGUGGCGCUGCAUAUCGCGCAGCACCUCAACGAAAAGCUGGCCGGGCGAGGGACCCAUGGCGUCACAAGAUUUGUGGCCCUCCCUCACACCGAGGGCUGCGGCUGCAGCGGUGGAAUCAACGAAGAGGUGUAUGCGCAGACUUUGCUGGGAUAUCUGGUCCACCCCUCGGUUCACUCGGCGUUGCUGCUGGAGCACGGAUGCGAAAAGACCCACAACCACGCCAUGAUGGAAAAGCUGCAGCGGAUGCACAUACCUGUCGACAGCUUUGGCUGGGCCAGCGUGCAGCUCGACGGCGGCAUCGAAAAGGCCAAGCAACGUGUCGAGGAGUACUUCGUCGCUGCUCUGCAGCUGCAAGGCGAUUCCUUCCCCGACGCCCCGCUCCCGAGCAAGCACGAGAUUGACCUCAGCCACCUGCGAGUCGGCCUGCUCACGGUACCGACACGCGCGGGUAUCCCGCCGGCGGUGGCAAAGACGUUUGCCGCAGUGUCCCAGGCUAUCGCCAGCCAUGGCGGCGUUGUGGUGGUACCCUCCAAUCAGGGACUGCUGUCGGACAACGCCUUUGUCAACGCGAUCGUAGAUACCCAGAUCCUGGGUCCCUCGCUUCUGUACGGUCAGACCUUCAAGAACUCGACGGCCCACUGGGUGGAAACAGUCACUGGACUGGGUGCAACCGGCGUAGAGUUGUUGGUGGCGUUCGUGCCCGCAACGAGCCGCCCUCAGCAGGCCAACCCGCUGGUGCCGCUCCUUCAGGUGACCUACGUCGAGAGCCCCUCCGCAGAGGCGGAUGGGGUGGGCCACCGUGCCGACUUCGAUCUGUGCCUGGAGGCCGGCGCGAGCGUGGCGGAGCACGCCCAACAGCUGCUGGGCCUGAUGGCUGCCGGCGCCUCGCGUGCCUACACGCCCAAGCUCUUCCUGCAGGGCAACGUGGACUUUCAACUCACUCGUGGUGAUCUGGGAGUGUCCCUCUGA